GCAUCUGGAUUUGAGUUUCGCCUCCCGCUACCGCCGGGCGGUGCUGAACCCAACGCAAGGCGUGAGUGACUGGGGUGGACUUUGAUCCACGACCUGGACGGACGGAGCCGGGAAAAUGUGGGGCUUUUUCCGAAGCUGCAUUCCCAGUUUUGGGUGGAUUUUCCAGGGAAUCAAUACCGCUGACAGCCUCCUACAGGGUGUGAUUGCCGCCUGUGCCGUCUCCAUUCUCAAUCACUUGCUGCGGAUCUACUUUCACAUCCAACGUCUCAAUGACCCUGUGCACGAUGGCACUGCAGCUGCAAAGCUGCACCCACCACUACAGAUCCUGCAAACUCUGUACCUCUGCGUCCUGACCGUCCUAUUCUCCCUCAUCGGAUCGAGGGUGGCAUCUCUCACGGUGCUGGAAUUCUCACUUCGAACAAUUUCCAUAUUGCUUUCCAGCAACCAGCUCACAUCCAAUAUACAGAUCUUCCUCCUGUGCCAAUUCUCCCUGGGAUGUGGGAUGACAGCCAGCCUGAGCUACCUGAAUGAGGGGGCACCUCACUCGACGUUAAGCCUGAUGCUCAGCGCUGGUCUGGCCGGGCUGAUUACGUGCUACGUGUGGAAGCUCUCAAAGCACACCAGCCUGAUGUAUGAACUGCACAGCAAGGAACGAUACUGCGGGAUCUGCAUCCUCCUCCUGACCACCUGGCACGGCAUCCCUCAGCUGCUGUGCAACGCCCUGAAAAUCGUGUUCCUGGUGGCAGAUGUGGCAGCCAUCUUCCUCAUCAACAGAGACUUCAUCACCACCUCAGAGGCACUAAGGUUCUGGACACCCCUGACCAUCUGUUACACGCUGCUGGUCAUCUACAUGCAAGAGCAGAAGCAGCACCCAAGCGAGCAGAUGGUUUACCAGACGGUGGGUGUGAGGAUGGGCGGGCUGCUGAUCCUAACCCUGACGGUGGGGAGGUGGAUAGAUGUGGCCCACGUGCUGCUGUCCGUGUUUGGGGAAAUGUGGUGCCUGGUCCAGGCCGGGGCAAUGUUGGAGAUCUGCAGACAACAACAGGAUUCCUCAAGCCCCCGUCACAGAAGACAACCUCGGCUCGGCGCGCAGAGGAGACCGAAAGAAAUUGGCGGUCAAACUUCAGAUUAUUAAAGACAGCAGCUCACUGUGAAGUUGACUAUUUCAACAUGUGUUUUUUUUUACAGUAUUUGUAACAACUCGGAGGGAGGAGAAAAGUUGCCGACAGUCAAACUCUAAAAACAAUAAUUCUCUCAAAAACAGGGGUUUGUUGGUAACGAUGAAGAGGUGGAGGGAUUGGUUAUUAAUUACCCUGGGGGCAUCUCCUUGAAACAACAUCUGGGAAUCUCAAACAGUUCAGUAAAUAACAUGUGUUUGUGGGAGGAGACAGCUCCCUGCAUUGACUCUGCUACUUUCCAUUUUUGCAACCCCUCCCCCAACCACAAGUAUUUUUUAAACAGAAAAAAAACAUCCUGAUCUCUCCACCUCCACCACCGGGUAGUGAGGCAGGAAUAUAAUGAGGUCUUUACUGCCGAUUCCAGCCGAGAGGAGGGAGGUUGUAGAGGUUCUUGCCAAUGUUAACUUGGGGAUGCGCUAACUAAUUGGGGCAAAGGAACAAAAUAAACUAGAAUAUCCACUACAGUUCAGUGAUCAAUGCCUCUUGUAAACUGAGUGACCACUUCUAUAGGUACAGGAGAUACCUGAUAAAGUGGCCACGGAGACAUUGAGCUGGGGAAGGUAUGGUGCUUAGUUUAGAUCCCUUUUGUAGUUAAUUAUUCUGUUGUUCAGAUGUGGAGAUAUGAUAACCCAGCCGUCUGUGGAGCUCCACAACCCAAAUGUGUAUUGACACUCGUGGGGGUUAGAAAGGGAAUGUUGAAUGAAAUUUUAUUUUAAAUUUGUAUUUGCAAUUUAUGCUACAUUGAUAUCAUAAAUAUUUU